AAUGUUCUAAAUAAUACACAAGUUGUUGCCAAAUCUAUACCAUAACAAUGAGUACAUUCCUGCAAAAAUAGAAAUUGAUAAACUGACAUAGUUGGAAGCAGUAUUUGACAAUCUAAUGACUAGUGCAUGAAGCAAUUAAAAAUUAUUCAAACAAAUGAAGAAAUUUUUGCCAAAUAAAUUAUACGUCGAUAAUCAAUUGAAAGAUAUAAGUAAAAAAAACGAUUUGGGAAUACUUUUUAGAUAUAUUAGAUACGUAAAGUUAUUGCAGAGAGGAGAUUAAGAAUAAAUGGGUAAUUUUUAACUUAAAGUGAAUCUGAGAAGGUUUUGUUAGCUAGGAAUAUUCUAGGAAAAAAUAAAGUUUAAAUAAAAAACAAUAAUGUGAAAAUCAAAAUUUCGAAUGAAAGGCGAAAGGAAAACCUUAUAAAAUUUAUUGAUAAAUUAAUGCCUAAUUAAAUUUUAUAGAAAAUAUAGAAUAAAUAAAGAAUAUUCAAAAUUAAAUGA